GGCUGCCACCUCUAGCCACCAAACACAAAGGGUAAAAACACCCCAAAUCUGUGGAAUUUCCGGAAAUUUACCUAUUUAUUUAUUUGACGAUCAAGCAAACACAACAGACGCAAUAUGCCAAAGCUUAAGAAAUUGCUGCCCAACAUAUUUGGCGGUAGCAAGGAGGCUCAAAGCAUGCAGUCUGAGGGGCGACUGGAAACUGAUGCAGCGCCUGUCAGUGAUAGCCAGGCAGAUAACAACAAUAGUGGAGCCUUGUCGCUGCCAUCCAUCAGCACCCCGACCGCCUCAGCGGAUCUGACGGAAUCGGUGUUGCGGGAGCUGUCCGACCCAAACUACAACUCAAUGGAUGUUGUGCAAUCCGCAAACAUUCCUGGUGCCGGCGGGGACCUCAGCACAGUCAACACGAAUAACACCAUGAACGUCCACAGCGCACAGCAACAGGUGGUUAUGAACUUCUCGAAUGCAAGCAAUCUACACUUUGGCUCCGUGUACAACUUUAACCAAAAUCUAAGCGCCAGCAGCUCGCGAAAGAGCAGUAUAAGCACAACUGACGAGGUGGCCGUCUCGCCAGAUGGUAAACGUUCAAUUGUUACGCGGAAGACUGUCAGCAUUGUGGCCAUGAUGCAGUCUCAGGAUGAGCCGGAUCCGCGGCUACUGGAUGCAGUGGCUACCCAUUUGGGCGAGGGAUGGAAGCAGGUGAUGCGAGACCUGGGACAUUCCGAGGGCCAGAUUGACCAAGCCAUAAUUGAUCAUCAAAUGCACGGCAAUAUCAAAGAGGUGAUAUACCAACUUCUGCUCCAGUGGGUUCGGAGCUCUGAGAGCGGCGUUGCUACAGUCGGGCGUAUGACCACGCUGCUUUGGGAAUCACAGCAUCGCGAGUGCGUUCAGCGCUUGAAACUGGUUUGGAAGGCAUUGGAGAAACGCAAGACAAACAGCUAGCUGGAUUGGUAUCACAAAGUCGACUUCCUAAACAAAACGAAGAUGAUCUAUUCGAUGCACUCUUUCAACGACCAAACCGCUUGGAUCUCUCCAAGAUGUUCAAUAAGGACCCACUCAAAUAGUCUAUAUGAACGAGAGGGGCCCUCUAUUGUCAUUAAACUACAUAUUUGUGCAAUAUUUGUUAUAAAUAAUCCAAACAUUCGAAUAAGUACAUGGAACUCUGUCCAACAUCAUUUCUAAA